UGAAGUGUGUCGGUGGCUCUGCUGUUCCUCCCCAGCACAGGGGGUUUAACCCAGCACCAGUAACUCCAUGCUCUGCUCUUGUCACAGACACAAUGACUAUUUUGAUCUAUUUGAUUGUUUUGCUAUUUUCUGGAGCAGCUUUUAGCCAAGAGAAAACGUAUGUCCUUACAGCACCAAAGAUCUUCCGAGCUGGGGCCUCUGAGAAAGUUGUGCUUCAAGCUUUUGGUUAUGACAAGGGAUUUCCAGUCAUUAUUGCCCUAAAAAGCUUUCCAGAUAAAACUACUGUUUAUUCUUCUGGUCGGAUUUCUUUAACUCCAGCCAACAAAUUCCAGGAUGCUGUAACUUUAACACUUCAACCAACAGAUUUACCAAGAACUGAUAAUUCAGACAAGUUUUUGUAUUUGGAAGCUGUUUCUCCACAUUUUACAAGAGAGAAAAAAAUCCCUGUUUCCUAUGAGAAUGGGUUUCUCUUUAUUCACACAGACAAACCAAUUUAUACUCCUGAUCAGUCAGUGAAAGUCAGGGUUUACUCUCUGAAUGAAGAACUGCAGCCAGCUCGGAGGGAGACUGCCCUGACUUUUGUGGAUCCUGAAGGAGUAGAAGUGGAUAUUUUAGAAGAAAAAGAUUUUACUGGAAUAGUUUCAUUUCCUGACUUCAAGAUUCCUCCUAAUCCUAAGUAUGGAAUUUGGAAGAUCAAAGCCAAAUACAAGAAGGAUUUUGCAACCUCAGCUGUGGCAGAAUUUGAAGUUAAGGAAUAUGCAAUGCCAAGCUUUUCCAUCCUCAUAGAGCCAGAAAGCAACUUUAUUAGUUCUGACAAAUUUGAGAGCUUCAGGAUUGCUGUGAAAGCAAGCUAUUUUUAUAACAAAAAGCUUCCAAGUGCUGAUGUUUUCCUUCGUUUUGGAAUAAUUGAAGAAAGUGAAAAAAAGAUGAUGCCUCAAGCAAUGCAUGUAACCAGGAUUGAAAAUGGAGUUGCUGUGAUCAAUUUUAACAGUAAGAAAGCAGCAAGUUCCAUAGGGUUCCAAAGUCUGGAAGAAUUGGAUGGGUCCUAUUUAUAUAUUGUGGCAUCAGUGUUGGAGUCUACAGGUGGCCUCAGUGGGGAAGUGGAAUUUGCUGGAGUCAGAUUUGUUGUAUCUCCCUACAAGCUGAGUCUGAUUGCUACUCCUCUCUUUGUGAAGCCUGGACUUCCCUUCUUCAUUAAGGUGCAGGUGAAGGACACAGUGGGUGACCCUGUUAGAAACGUCCCCAUAACUGUCACUGCCAAAUCCCUGAGUGAGCAAAUGGACGAGACCCCGCUGAUCUCCGAGGGCUCCGAGUCUGGGAGGCGCCAGACGAGCCUCAGGGAUGGCACUGCUUUGUUUGUCGUUAAUGUGCCAUCAGACAGCAAAGUGUUGGAGUUUCAAGUCAAAACUGCAGAUCCACGACUUUCAGAUGAAAACCAAGCAAGUAAAACCUAUGAAGCCAAAGCUUAUUCAUCACUGAGUCAGAGUUAUCUGUACAUUGACUGGGCUUCAAACCACAAAACACUCGAAGUAGGGGAUGUGAUAAAUAUUAAUAUUUAUCCACACAGCCACUAUAUUGAUAAAAUACAUCAUUACAGCUAUUUGAUCACAUCAAAAGGGAAGAUAGUAAGCUUUGGAACUCAGGAGAGAAAGAAGGAUUUGGAAUAUGAACCUCUAACUUUUGAGAUAAGCCAAGCAAUGGUUCCUUCAGCACGUCUGAUUGUUUACUACAUAGUGACAGGGGAAGAAACUGCUGAGUUAGUGGCUGAUUCAGUUUGGCUGGAUGUGGAACAGAAGUGUGGGAAUAGCCUUGAGAUUAAGCUGCAGUCAAGCAAAGAGACACUGAAGCCAGCAGAGGUUGUAUCACUCACCAUGAAAACACAGUCCAGUUCCUUUGUUGCUCUGUCAUCUCUUGACAAGGCAAUAUAUGGAGUCACAGGAAGAAAAAAGGGAGCAAGGGAAAAGAUAAUGCUCCAUUUGGAAAAGAGUGACCUUGGCUGUGGGGCUGGAGGAGGAAGGAACAACAUCGACGUGUUCCGAAUGGCUGGGCUCACCUUCCUGACCAAUGCCAAUGCUGAUGACUCCAAUGGAGCAGGUGAACCCUGCAAUGAAGUGUUAAGAACCAAACGGUCUGACUUCGAGGAGAAGAUACACAAAAAAGCAUCCCAAUACAAACACUCAAGCAUUCGGAAAUGCUGCAUGGCUGGAGUCAGAGCAUACCCAGUGCUGGAGACCUGCAGUGACAGAGCCCAGAGACUUCAGAGUAAUGAAAGGUGCAUUUCUGCAUUCAAAGAUUGCUGUGAAUUUGCCAACAAGCUGAGGCUGAAGGAGCCAAACAAGAUCUUAACCUUGGCCAGAAUGAAUUUUGAGUCUCUCUUGGAACUGGAUGAGGCACAAGUUCGUAGCUACUUCCCUGAAAGCUGGUUGUGGGAAGUUCACCAAGUUUCCUCAAGGUCCAAGACUCUGUCUGUCACCUUGCCUGACUCCCUGACCACCUGGGAAGUCCAAGGUAUUGGCAUUUCUGAUAAAGGUAUAUGUGUCGCUGCCCCUUUGGAAAUCCAAGUUGUGAAAGACAUUUUCCUGAGCAUUUAUGUCCCUUAUUCCGUGGUACGAGGAGAACAAAUUGAGUUAAAAGGAUCAGUUUAUAACCAUAGAGCCUCUGCAAUUAAGUUCUGUGUUAAAAUAGCAGCUGGAAAUGGGAUCUGUACUUUUGGAGACUCUGCAGCCUCUGGAUCGAGCUGUAAAUUCAGGAAUCUGGGGGGUGGGUCCUCAGCCCCGGUGACAUUCCGGAUCCUCCCCCUGGAAUUAGGACUCCACACUGUCAACUUCACCCUGCUGAGCCCCAGUAACAGUGAGAUUGUGGUUAAAACUUUACGUGUCAAGCCAGAGGGCAUCAAGAAAGAGCUUCAUGCAGGUUUCACUUUGGAUCCACAGGGUGUUUAUGGUUCAAUCAAGAGACGACAAGAAUUUCGAUACAGAGUCCCCCUGAAUCUGGUCCCUAAAACAGCAAUUGAUAGAAGUGUCAGUGUAAAAGGCCACCUGAUGGGUGAGGUGAUUGCCACAGUGCUCAGUCCCAGCGGGCUCAGGACCCUGGCUGAGCUGCCCAGGGGCAGUGCAGAGGCAGAACUCGUGAGCAUUGCCCCCGUUUUUUACGUGUUUCGCUACCUGGAGGAGUCGGACAACUGGCACCUACUGGGGCCUGAAACCUUGACCUCGAGAACUCAGAUGAGGAGGAAGAUGAAAGAAGGAAUUGUGAGCAUCCUGUCAUUCCGAAACGCUGACCGGUCCUACAGCAUGUGGAAGGGUGGGCAAGCCAGCACAUGGCUGACAGCUUUUGCUUUAAGGAUUCUUGGACAAGUUUAUCAAUAUAUCAAUCUUGACCGGAUUGCUGUCUGUGACUCCCUGCUGUGGCUGAUCGAUGACUGUCAAAUGCCAGAUGGGUCAUUCAGUGAAUUUUCCAACUACCAACCGGUGAAACUCCAGGGCACGUUACCUAGAGAAGCUAAAGAAAAAUCUCUGUAUCUCACAGCAUUUUGUAUCAUUGGAAUUGACAAGGCAAUUAAAAUAUGUCCUACUCAGAAAAUCCACGAUGCCAAAAGCAAGGCAGGAGAUUAUUUGAUGAGGAAUGUGCAGUUUGCUCAGAGCCCCUUCACCAUGGCCAUCACUUCCUACGCCCUGGCUCUCGUGGACCGGGACCAUCGCUCGGCGCGGGCGGCCUUCUCUGAGCUCCAGAGGGAAGCUUUUGUCAUAGGUGACCCUCCUAUCUAUAGGUUUUGGAAAGACACUUUCAAGACACAAGAUCAAAAUGCUCCCAGCUCUGUCACUGCCCAGAUGGUUGAAACCACAGCCUAUGCUUUGCUCACCACUUUGCUGAGAGGGGAUGAAAGCUAUGCCAAGCCAAUCAUCAAAUGGCUCUCUGAGGAACAAAGACACGGUGGAGGAUUUUAUUCAACUCAGGACACAAUCAAUGCCCUUGAGGCCCUGACUGAAUAUUCCCUUCUUGUCAAACGGCUCAAUCUGGACAUGGAUGUUAAAGUUUCCUACAAAAACAAGGGACUCUUGGACAUGUUUAAACUGACAGAAGAUCAUUUUGUGGGAAGAGCUAUGACAGCACCUUUGCAAGAUGACAUCUAUGUGAGCACUGGCAGCAGCACUGGCAUAGCUACAGUAAAUGUGAGGACAGUGUAUAACACAAUUGGCACUUCUGAAGAGUCCUGUAACUUUGACCUGAAGAUUGUUCCAAAGAGAGAUGAUGGUCACCCAAGAGGAGAAGGGGAGCCACUGGGGCGCCUGGAGGCUUGUGCAAAGUACAGGCCCAGUGCAAGGGAGCCCCACUCGGGGUCUGCCCACACCGUGAUGGACAUUGAGCUGGUCAGUGGACUGGAAGCAAAUCCAGAGGAUUUAUCCAUUCUUGCAAGUGGAGUGGACCAGUUGAUAGCAGACUAUGAGAUCAAGGACGGGCACGUCAUCCUGCAGCUCGACUCUGUGCCAGUUGAGAAGUUCCUGUGUGUGGGGUUCCGAAUCAGUGAGCUUUUCCGGGUCGGAAUGCUGAGUCCUGCCACCUUCACUGUGUAUGAAUAUCAUGCCCCAGAGAAAAGGUGCACUAUAUUUUAUAACCCCUAUGGAGAUGAAAAACUUGUGAGAUUGUGUGAAGGAGACGAAUGCAAAUGCAUGGAAGCUGAGUGUAGUAAAGUCCAAAGGAGACUUGAUGAGUCAAUAACUGCUGAGACCAGGAGAGAAGCUGCCUGUCAGAGGGACAUUGCAUAUGUUUAUAAAGUGAACAUCUUGUCUCGCAGCGAGGAAGGGUCUUUUGUGAAGUAUUCUGCAACUCUUCUGGAUCUCUACAAAAGAGGGCAGGCUUUUGCUCAAAGCAAUGAUGAAAUAACCUUUGUUAAAAAGAAGACCUGUGCAGAUGUUGAACUGAGCCCAGGAGAGCAGUACUUGAUCAUGGGAAAAGAAGCCUUAAAGAUAAGCGUUGGUUACAGUUUCAAAUUCCAGUACCCUUUGGACUCCAGCACUUGGAUUGAGUGGUGGCCUUCAAACCCAUCCUGUACCUUCUGUGGGGAGUUUUUAAACACAAUGGAUGAUUUUGCUGAAGAUCUCAUGAUCAGUGGCUGCUGAUUCACUUGGAGAGUUCUUGAAUUAAAAAGCCAGAUCAAAUCUCAUGUAAAAAAAAAAAAAUCCUCACCUGUUUGGCAAUUCCUUCUUGAACUGAACAUUUAUUAAUAGUCACCUUGAAAAAUGAGCUUUGCUUGUAUUUUAUAGCAAUGUUGUUACAACGUAGUGAUGCUCAAAUAUGAUUUUUAAGCUUGGAUGGGAGAAUCACAUGGACUGCUGCAAAGACAUUUGGAGCCAGAUGAAGUGGAUCAACUGUAAAAACACACAUGGAAAGUACUGUCUUGUCAUCAAAUCCCAUGUCUUAUUAAAACACAAAUAUUUGCAGCCACUUCAUAAGCUCUUUGUGAAAGAAACUACUUUAUUCCUCGGGUUUUCCUUUUGUACUCUGUUUGAAUUCCUGCAUUUCCAUCCCUGACAGUAACUGAUGCUGGUUUUGUGCUCUGCUUUCUUGUUUAAAAAAAAAACAAACAAAUUUCUUAGAUCUCAUGUGUACAUUCCUUAUUUGUAUUUUCAGUCCGUGUCUGCUGUAGAUAAAACAAAUGUUACCUUGGCAUUUGAGGACUGGGUUUGACAGUUAAAAAUCCUGCCUUGCCUCCAGGAAAGUGGCAGGUGAGGGGCCAAAUUUCUUCUCCCAGCUCCUGGCACAGCCCAGUCUGGUUCCCAGUAAAGCUGAGCAGGGAGUUUGACACAAAGCACAGUUGCACACUCUGUUAUUUUUAUUGAAGAGCUGCCCAAAAGCAGCACGGCCAAGAACUUUAAAAUUACUGUUUUCCCUCUCUCUUAGGAAUAUCCUUGAUCCAGAGCAUUUAAGAUGUGGAAAGGAGGUAGCCAGAGAUGAUGCAAUCUUUAAUUUUGCCUCUGGAGAAGCACAUGGAAAUGCUCAGGGAGGUUGUCCAGGCAGUUGACCUGGAAACAUUUCUACUUCUGAACUGGUAACUGUGUAUUAGGAGACCUAAUUAUCCCUUUCAAUGGCAGGGAGCCUGUCCUGUUUUCACAGGUGACUUGUGACAUUUAAGUUCCAUUGAUUUUUACUCAGCCAGACUGCAAAAAGGCUGCAUUGCUCCUGAAGACCAGGAACCUGACUUAGAAAUAACACACAAAAAUGCUGCAUUAAGGGUCAAAUUGCUGCCACUACUUCAAAAAAUUCUCUGAUCUUAUUUGUUUUGCCUCUGUUUCUAUCCAGACUUAACUCUAUCACUGAGAUCACUGUAUGUAUGUAUUUUUUAUGUGCAUUUUAAUAGAUAUUUAGCCACGUGUGAGAUGGCAAUGUAGGAAGAUUUGCCUUCCUUGUGUGCCAUGGCAUGACUUUCCCAGGAAAACCAUGUGGGGGGAAGGUGUAUCCCUGUCUUCAUCUGUUUCCACAUGCAAAUUACGUGGGCAGAUUUCCAUGGGGUCUAAUUAGCAGGACAAGAGAAGAUGGAAAUGGAUUUUAGGAUUCCUUGCUGUGGCUUUAGUGACUCGUAGUCAGAGUCCUGAGGUCCUGAGCAUCUCACAGGGUUAAUCCCAGCAAACAUGGAAAUUCUUGGGAUAAUCACUGCUGAGGUGACUCAUUCCAUUAUGAAAUGGAAAUUAUUUCAGGACACACUCUGUACUUCCAAGCUCACUGUGGAUUCUGGACAUCAGAGUGGGGCUUUUAUAUCUGAGUUGUACACAGUGUUUUCUGGCCCUGGGUUGUUUAUAUGUACCAUGUGCAAGUCUCCAAAUGUUCCAGGCUUUGAAUCACCAGCCAAGAGCUUUAGUGCUUCCAGAAAAACCCGAAUUCCAGUGCUACACUCCUGCAGUGUUCCCAAACUCUGUGUGUGUGAGGUGACUGCUCUGCCUACAUGUUAAUGAACCUGCCCAGAGAGCUCUGUGCUUCAGUCCAAAUCCAGCCCCCCAUUUCCUGGAAUACAGAAGGCUGUGCCUUGCCUGCACAGAGAAUCUCUGAAAGCCAAUUAAAUAAGUGUGGGCAUUCUACUUUUAUCCCUUUUUCAUGUGUUUCCCUUUGAAUAAGAAAACUCCCCAGAUGCCACUGUAAUGUGAUUCUCCCUGAAUGCUCCUGGCAGAUGCAUAAGACCCAAAUUGGUUGAAUUCCUGACAUUUUAUAACAAUUCUAAGGGUUAACACUAUGAGACCCUUUAGCUCUUUUAAAAAUCUAUAUUUCUGUGCAUUUCCAUUUGUGUUUUACUGGCUUUUAGAUAGUUAAGUGUCCCAAAAAUGAGCUGAUUUCUCUUUUCAUUUCACUCCAUCCAAGCUGGGAAGUGGCUUGAAUAGCCCAAAUUCCAGCCUCUUGUGCACAGUGACACAUGAAGCUCACACUCUGGGCUGGGCUGAAAGCUGCUGGGCUGUGCUUAACUGCUGUGACUAAUUUGGGAAGGGAGCCAAAGGGUGCCUUUCUCUGGCCAUUGUUCCACUGGCAGGCAAGAAAUGAUUUUGUGGAUAUAAUCUUUCAGGAUGUGCCCCCAGCCCUCAGCAGCCUUACCCACACACGUGCUCUGUCACAAGUGGUUUGGAGUUAGGAAUCCCCUACAAUUUUAGCAGAGAAAUCCUAAAUCCCUGUAGCAGGUUAAUGGUCUUACUUUUAAUACCUCACCAGUGACUGUCAUAAUUUGAUUGG